AUCAACUAAUAAACUGAAACAAAAUAGAAAACUAUUCCCCAUGUAUAAGGCCAAGGCCCUAGGUAGUAGUACAAGAUGAUUCCAACAUAUGCCACGAGAGGAGACUAGACAUGUCCAUUUCAACUUCUGUCAAAUAAAAACACACACAGAGCUCCUAUUUCCAACUUGUGUUCUGUGUGUACUUCAAACAAAGCUCAAGAUACAGACAACCUCCCUACCCCCCCCCCCCCCCCUCCCAACCUCUCUGACCUCAGUCUUUGCUGCACCAUUUCAGCAGAGUCCCUCAGCUCAUCUCUCUAUCCCAAAUUCCAAAGCUCCUCUCUUUUUUCAGAAUCUUGAAGAACCUCUAAAAACUAGUACUGUAGUACAUUAACAGUAUAUUCCCAAGUUCUUGAUUUUUUUUAUGUUGGUGAGAAGUUUGCAUUUUUAGCCAUUCUUGAUUUGUGGGGUUUGAAGAAAAACAUGGCAGAAGAAGAGGGGUGGGGUUGGGCACCAUCACCAACAGGUUCACCAAUGUACUUAACAAAAGAUGAUCAUUGGACUCAUUUUGACAACUCUGUUAAUGCUGUUUCUUUUGGUUUUGUUGCCACUGCUAUACUUAUCUCUAUGUUCCUUAUCAUGGCUAUCUUUGAGAAGUUUCUCAGACCACCCUCGCCGGAAUUGACUCCCUCCGGCCACCGUCGACAUGGUGAUGUUGAGUCUCAGUUAGGGUUCAACCCUAAACUUGGCUAUCCUACACCCAAAGUAGUAGAAAGGCUGCGUGCAAUGGACCUUGUGGUCCGGCCCUUCCUUGAACCCGCAUAUGGCGAGAGCAUUUAUUGCACCGGGCUGGCCUUUUAUGUUCUUCUGCUAUAUGUAUCUACAACAAAGGCCAGAGAAGUUUCAGUCUUAAUGCCAGGAAAUGACAUGCCAACUUUUAUUGCUCAUCCAGCUCCUGUACCUUGUCAACCGGAACGCAAUCCAUGGCCUUCCCAUCAGCAGAAUUCUUUACCCUGUGUCAUAAACUCCAAUUCAAAUUUGCCGUCCUAGCUCUUCUUUAACUUGAUGGUGCAAAAUAUCGGGAAUGCCAGUUUUAUGGAAUUAUGAAGGGUACCUGAGCAUGUAUUUUGAGUUUCCCAGUUGGGAUUUUGGUUAAUGUACAUAGGAUUUAGACAUUGAUUUCUCAGCUGGUUAACACUUUUCUGUACCCAAAGCUUCAGUAAAGAAAUAGCUAAAGAGGUUUUAGCUUGUCAAUGUGUUCCACUCUCCAGCAUCGAAGUGUUCAAAUAAUCGAAGUACAAGUUUUAUUUGCAG